UCUAAACCAUUCGUAUCCUCUUUAACGAAAUGUCUGCCGAAACCGAGACCUUUUCUUUCCAAGCUGAGAUUUCUCAGUUGAUGAGUUUGAUCAUCAACACCUUCUACUCCAACAAGGAAAUUUUCUUGCGUGAAUUGAUCUCCAACUCUUCCGAUGCUUUGGAUAAGGUCCGUUACCAAUCCUUGACUGAUCCUUCUGUCCUCGACUCUGAAAAGGAUCUUUUCAUCCGUAUCACUCCUGACAAGGAAAACAACAUCUUGUCUAUCCGUGAUAGCGGUAUUGGUAUGACCAAGGCUGAUUUGGUCAACAACUUGGGUACUAUCGCCAAGUCUGGUACCAAGGCUUUCAUGGAAGCCCUUUCUUCUGGUGCUGAUAUUUCCAUGAUUGGUCAAUUCGGUGUCGGUUUCUACUCUGCUUACCUCGUUGCUGAUAAGGUUCAAGUCAUUACCAAGCACAACGAUGACGAACAAUAUAUUUGGGAAUCUGCUGCUGGUGGUUCCUUCACCAUUACCCGUGAUACCGUCAACCCCUCUCUCGGUCGCGGUACUGAAAUGCGUCUCUUCAUGAAGGAAGAUCAGCUUGAAUACCUUGAAGAAAAGAGAAUUAAGGAUAUCGUUAAGAAGCACUCUGAAUUCAUCUCUUAUCCUAUCCAAUUGGUUGUUGAAAAGGAAGUUGAAAAGGAAGUUUCUGACGAUGAAGCUGAAGAAGCUACCACUGAAGGUGCCAAGAUUGAAGAAGUCACCGAUGAAGAAGAAAAGAAGGAACAAAAGAAGAAGACCAUCAAGGAAAAGGUCACUGAAAACGAAGAGCUUAAUAAGACCAAGCCUCUUUGGACUCGUAACCCCGAAGAUGUCAAGCCUGAAGAAUAUUCUGAAUUCUACAAAGCCCUUACCAACGAUUGGGAAGACCAAUUGGCUGUCAAGCACUUCUCUGUUGAAGGUCAACUUGAAUUCCGUGCUAUCCUCUUCGUUCCUAAGCGUGCUCCUUUCGAUAUGUUCGAAACCAAGAAGAAGAGAAACAACAUUAAACUCUAUGUCCGUCGUGUCUUCAUCAUGGAUGACUGUGAAGAGUUGAUCCCUGAAUGGCUCGGUUUUGUUAAGGGUGUUGUUGAUUCUGAAGAUCUUCCUCUUAACAUUUCUCGUGAAAUGCUUCAACAAAACAAGAUCUUGAAGGUCAUCCGUAAGAACCUUGUCAAGAAGUGUCUCGAAAUGUUCCAAGAAAUUGCUGAAGACAAGGAACAAUUCGACAAGUUCUAUGAAGCUUUCAGCAAGAACCUCAAGCUCGGCAUCCACGAAGAUACCCAAAACCGUGGCAAGCUCGCUGACUUGUUGCGUUACUACUCUACCAAGUCUGGUGAUGAAAUGACUUCCUUCAAGGAUUACAUUACUCGUAUGCCCGAAAAGCAAAAGAACAUCUAUUAUAUCACUGGUGAAUCUCGUACUGCCAUUGAGAACUCUCCUUUCCUUGAAGGUUUCAAGAAGAAGGGUAUUGAAGUUCUUUUGAUGACUGAUCCUAUUGAUGAAUAUGCUGUUACUCAGUUGAAGGAAUACGAAGACAAGAAGUUGGUCUGUAUCACCAAGGACGGUCUUGAACUCGAAGAAGACGAAGAAGAAAAGAAGGCUCGUGAAGAAGAACAAAAGGAAUACGAAGGUCUUUGCAAGUCUGUUAAGGAUAUCCUCGGUGAAAAGGUCGAAAAGGUUGUUCUUUCUGCUAUGUUGACUGACUCCCCUUGUGUCUUGACUACCGGUCAAUUCGGUUGGUCUGCCAACAUGGAACGUAUUAUGAAGGCCCAAGCUCUUCGUGAUUCUUCCAUGUCCAGCUACAUGGCUUCUAAGAAGACUCUCGAACUCAACCCCAACCACCCUAUUAUCAAGGCUCUCAAGGCAAAGAUCACUGCUGAUGCCAAUGAUCGUACUGCUAAGGACCUUGUUACCUUGUUAUAUGAAACCUCUUUGUUGACUUCUGGCUUCAGUCUUGAUGAUCCUAGCUCUUUCGCUACCCGUAUCAACCGUAUGGUCUCCCUCGGUCUCUCCAUUGAUGAUGAUGAAGUUGCCCCUGCUGACGAACCCGUUUCUGAAGCUCCUGCUGAAGAAGCUGCUGAAGUCUCCAAGAUGGAAGAAGUCGACUAAAUUGUAUGAUUCACAUUGUAUUAUUUCUUUUUCUUUUCUUUUUUUCUGUUCACCUCUCAUACUUUCGAUGCCUCUGUAUUCAUCAUUUAACUAUUUCUUUUAUUAUAAGUAAUUAUUCUUUCCAUUUAUUAUUCUUUUUUCCAACCAAAAUGAAAAAAGUGGGUAGACUUUGUAUAAAUUAAGGUCGCUUCUUUUUUGUAAUAAAUCGCUAGUAUAUAUAUAGAUACUCUUUCUUUAUAACUUGUAGCUUUUUUAAUUUCCUU